AUGGAGUAUUCGUCAGAUGCAGUGUUGAAUGGAUAUGCUUUACUAGUUUGGUGUGCUCCAUCUGUUAAAGAGGAGGGGGAUACUUUUUUGCGUGCUUUCUUCUUGCGGCGCUUUCAAGGGACAGUGGCCGCUUCACCCGCCAGUAUUGUUUUCGCAACGCCCAAUGGUUCACAUAAAACCACCUUUUGGGGUGCCGAUGGCGAAGGGGGUGCGGAGCCCCCCGACCGUGGAAGCGAGGCGUUGGUAUUUUUCCGCGAGCGAGAGGGGGUUAAAAUUGUUUUGUCAGGCAUCGUUCAGCGCAUACUGCAUGAGAAGGAGCCACACAGCGGGGUAGAGCUGCUGCGUGGGUAUGUGUUCUUGGGUACUGAUCGUUUGUUAGUUGAAGGUGUUUUUCACCCGACGAGUUGCGCUGUGGGUGCGGGGGGAACAGAAGUCAGUGGGAGAGCCAAUACGUCAGGUAGUGAUGACAGCUUGUGGAGACGGCGAGUGUGCACCGACUCAUGCUCACAAUCAUUAAUGGGUUGGGGUCAACCGCGGGCUGAAGUUGUCGGAAUGGGACGGGACGAGACUGUUGAUUAUAAUCGCGUUACUGAUUCUUACCUGGGAGGUGGAGGAGACUUUGCCGCCACUCCUUCCCAGGGUUGUGAUAAUAAGAAUCAUAGUGACCCCCAGUGCAAUUCUUACCAUGGGAAAUCGAGAGAACACAAUCGUGGGGGACGUAUUGUUUUGCGCGUGACAUUUGUGUGCUUGCUCGGCCGCUGCAAGGGUCUGCACGAGGGCGGGCACGGUGGUUGCCACUCAACUGGUGUCUCCACCCACGUUGUUUUUAAACUUCUGCGUGGUACUUGCUUCCCGCGGGGCAUUAUUAUGUUUCCUCCGAGAUUACUUGGUUGUACCGAUGGGGUUAUGGGCGGGGAUGGGGCCUGGGGGGUUGAUGCCGUCGUGGAAGUGGAGGAUGCGGAGGCUGCAAAUUCCGUUGUUGAUUCUUUCGACGGUUCCUUACUCGAGCUCGUAAAACCAGGCCCAAACUCAGACGAAGUGGAGUUUAGGUUUCGUUUGUUUGUGCGCGAGGACCGGCCUGGGGUGGAGCAGAAGCUUUCAAUUCCAUUCAACACUGAGUCAGAGUUAAGCAUAACUCCAAGUAACUUGCUUCAGAUGGGUGGGUCGUUUCGUUGUGAAAAGUAUUCCGUCGAGCCAGCUGAUACGGCAGCCAACGGGAGGUGGAACGCUGCUGUGGUACGUGCAAAUGGCAUAGCCGAUAAUCUUGUAGGGUUGGGGAGUAUACAACAUUUUUCAAGGGACCUAGCCCCUGGUCACCAGGGGAUGAAUUAUGGGCACGACGCAGGCCUUAGCCGAUCCCCUGAGCGGGGCUACGAUAGCGUGCAGCGAAGCCGAAAUCGCAGUCGAGGGCGGAGUCGGAGCCGGAGCCGAAGUCGAAGCCGCAGACGUGCUCGAAGGCGGGACCGGAGCCGCAGCCAACACCGAAGCCGAGUUCGCAGCCGCAGCCGCAGCCGCAGCGGGCGACGGGGGCGCCGGCGAGCUCACGGUCGAAGUCGAAGUCGAAAUCGCAGUCGAGGGCGGAGCCGAAUCCGAACUCGUGGCCGUAAGCGAAGUCGUAGCUCUAGCCGUGGCUCUUGGUACAGCUACAGCUCUGCCUCCAACUCUGAUCGCAGCCGUAGUCGCAGUCCUAGUUUGAGUCGCAGUCGAACACGGAGUAGUGGAAAAGCUCGUAGGAGCGAGAAUGUUGGUGACGAUGAAAUAAGUAAGAAAUGUGCUCUUACCCAUCACCGUUAUCAAUAG